AUGGUGCGGGGCGCUGGCGGGGCGAAGCGGUCAGCUGUCUCCUGGCUGAGGGUCGUCCUGCUAACUUGCUGCCUGCUCUGGCAUGGGGUGACGGUGGGUUUGGUGGAAGGUGAUGGUUUUCCCGGUUUGUAUACAGAUGUGGCGGGCAAUUUGUUUAUCAACGCGUCGCUGCGUGAAGGCGCACGCGUUUUUCUGGACGGCGUCGACGUCGCGGCGCAACUCGCUCAGCAGCAGCUUCAAGCGGCGCAGCAGAAGAACUUGCUGGAGACGCAAGCCGUUCUACUGGCGACGCAAGCCCGGAUGUUGGCUCAGCUGCAGCACCGCAUACCAGCCUUCGAUGCCCAGCUCGUCGCCGUCGGAGGCCGCAACAGCGUUUCCUUGGAUGAUGUGUAUCGCUUCGAUGGCACCAACUGGCACCCGGGCCCCAAGCUUCCGGUGCGGCGCCAUGCCCAUGGCGCUGCCGUCUUUAGGAAGCAACUGCAUAUAGUUGGUGGCUUUACGGAUAUGGAUGUUGACCCCUCAUCCAGUGUUUACCGUCUCGGGGGAAUCGUUUGGACUGAGGGACAGCCCAUGCCAACGGCGCGCGGCUACUUGGCCGCCGUUGUUUUCCAGGACCAGCUCUUUGCUCUGGGUGGAACUCGAGGCAGCACGCCACUCUCCCUUGUUGAAAUUUAUGAUGGGACGGCAUGGCGUGUGGGUACACCUAUGCUUGUGCCUCGAGCCGGUUUUUCGGCGGUCGUCUUUGAAAACAAACUUUUCGCCAUUGGCGGGGCACAGGAGCGAUCUCGCCUCGCCAACGUGGACGCCUUUGACGGGCUGCAGUGGCGCGCCAUGCCGCCCCUAACAACUCCGCGAGGGGCCAUGACGGCAGCUGUCUACUCAAAUCGCCUUUUCGUGGUCGGUGGCUACUCCGACGCCACGCUCGCCUCGGUCGAGGUUUUCAACGGCUCAGCCUGGAGCACGAGCCACCCCCUUCCUAGGGCAUGCCACUCGAUGGCUGGCGCUGUGUUUCAAAAUCGGUUUUACGUGGUUGGUGGCAAGGACACCACCAUCUUCGAUGAUUCACUCUCCCUUUUCGGUCCAGUAUGGCGCACCAUGGCGUCCUUGCCGGUAGCAUGUGAGCUGCUGACCAUCACCGUCUUUUAA